AUGCUUCCUAGAAAGUAUAGUUCUGGAUAUGAAAAAAGAAAAAAGAAACAAAAAUUGGAAAAAUUGGAAAAGUCUCAAGCAGGAGCGCUAGAUAAGUUUUUUAGUAGUAGACAUACAGAGCAUGAUAACGAAGAACAUAAUAAUGAAGAAAAUCAAAAUGAAGAACAGAAAAAUGAUAUGAAUAUUGAAGAACCUACUGAACACAAUAUGAAUAUUGAAGAACCUGCAGAAGAUGAUAGAAACAUUGAGGAACCUACUCAACUUAGGAUUGAGAGUGUCAAUGAAAACAUGAAUGUUGACGAUCCAGCAAAUUGGGGUAAUAUUGAUCAAAAAUUGAGAGAUCUUUUAGUAGAAAGAGGACCCAAAAGAGUUGUUAUUGAUUUUCCUAAAGAUAUUGAAGGCAGACAUUUCUCUUCCACUCAUUACACUCGACAAUGGUUAAAUGGAGAGAAACAUGAUAGGAGAUGGCUAAUAUAUUCAACUUCUUUGAAUGUGGUAUUUUGCUUUUGUUGCAAAUUAUUUAGAAAAGAUGGAAACAAGAAUCAAAUGGGUUCUUUGGUUAAUGAAGGAUUUAAAAAUUGGAAGAAUCUUAGUCAUAGACUUCAAAGUCAUGAAGGGAGUAGUGAGCACAUAAGUUGCAUGAGAAGUUGGAUUGAAUUGGAAAUGAGAUUGCGUAGUAUUGAAACAAUUGAUAAAAGUGUGCAAGAAAUAUUAAACAAAGAGAGAGAACAUUGGAGACAAGUAUUAUUAAGAAUAGUUGCUGUUGUAAAAACACUUGCUAAAAAUGGUUUAGCAUUUCGUGGGGAUAAUGAGAAGAUUUAUCAAGAGAACAAUGGAAAUUUUUUAAGUUUAAUUGAAAUGAUUGCCGAAUUUGAUCCGGAAUGUUAG